AUGGCUCUUUCCCUGGACCAAGUCCGAAUCCAAGACCACGAUGAGCUCUAUUCCGAGGGCCAGACCAUCGAACUCACACCACACAAAGCGCCGAAGCCUUGGGGCUGGAAGUGGUACCCCAUGCCGCCCGAUCUGACGAGCGACGACAUUCGCCAAACGGACGAAAGCAAGCGAAUCCCGCGCAUGCAACAAGUCUUCCAGGACAAACCCCAUAAUCUAGAUCUAGAAAUCCAGAAAGACGCGAUGAGAAAGAUGAAAGUUGAAGUUCUUGAGGUACUCAGCGUCAACAACAGAUCAGGAUCCUUCAUCCCUGGAACUCAGAAGAUCAAGUGUCGAGUGCUCGAAGUGCCUUCGGUAAUCUCGAGCGCGGAUUUGCAACAGACGCCAGUGAUAGGAGACGUCAUCUUCCUCAAAGUCUACGACGCACUCUUCUGGCCGCACCAUGUCAACUCUGUCAACAGUUACAUCAGACUCACCGCGCGAGCAGACAUGGCCAUGAGCGACGAGGUCGGCGCGUACCAGACCCUGUACAACGCGGGCCUCACCGGGCCUUCGAGCGUCGCGCCUCAGUGGCUGGGUUGCUGGACUGCCGAGGUUCCGACCACCGACCCGAGUUUCCAGGGCCAGACCCGAUUCGUCGGUGUCAUCGCCUUGGAGUUCCUCGAUGCUAUUUGCUUGAAAGAUUUGUGGGUUACCAAACAGUUCAGAAAGCCGAUCUACUUGGGUGACAGCUCAAAACUCACCAAAGACGGCCGCGAGAUCAUUGAGGGGCAGCUAGACCGAGCAACUCGUCUGGGUACGAUUGAGGAUCUCCUGGACGGGAUCGUCAAGCAGUAUAAAGUCAACGUCACCCAUGAGAUUAUCCAUCCGGAGAACGUCCUCAUUUCUCUUCGAGGUGGAGGUGGGUCGAGAAACCUCACACGGCCAAGAGUUUCUUUGGUCGGAUACAAGAACUCCGUGGUGGGCUCGUUCCGUGAACCGCCGCAGGACGUCUUUGCUAAGUGGCCCAACCCUCCUCAUCCCUUCAGGCGAUUCAACACCCAAAUACUUGGGCAUUUUCUCAAGUAUAUGGAUCCAAAAUGGAAGGUGAACGACCCGGAGACGGUGCUCGCUGUUGACAAAUGGCUACUUAAGACAUUCGGAAGCCUUGACGGUGACAAGUACACCUCGUUCGUCUGCGGGGAGGCCUCACCUCCAAUCAAACUGUGA